CUACCCCCCCCACCACCAUCAUCAGAUCAACUCUUUCUCAGACGCAAAACUGUACACGUGUUCCCUGUAAACAGCCCCAGCUCCAUAAAGAAUUGACAUUUAAAGGAAUGGGCUGCGUCUCCAUUUCAUUUCUCUUGAUACCCAGAUCACAUCUUCAGUGUUUCUGUGACCCGAACUGAAUCGUCUCGGAUUAAAGUUUCGAUCUUUGCCACUUUUUUUGUUUUGUUUUCUUGAAUCGCCGCCCGGGAAUGGGGAUUGAUAAAACCGCGAGUGAUAGGAAAGGAAGGAGCAGUGAGGCCAAGAAACAGCGCAAUCGGCAGAGGAGACUUCAUCCGGUUCAGAAUCUUUACGACACUUGCAAGGAGGUGUUCGCCGAUUGCCGGCCGGACGUCGUGCCGUCGCCGGAGAACGUCGAACGGGUCAAGGCUAUUUUGGAUAAAAUGUCGGGGACGGACGUUGGCCUCUGGCCGUCCCAAACAUUCUUCAAGGCAACCGGAAACGAUAAGCCUCCAAGAAUCACAUACAUGGGCAUCCAUGAAUGCGACAAGUUCUCGAUAGGGAUAUUCUGCUUGCCACCAUCAGGGGUUAUGCCUCUCCAUAAUCAUCCAGGAAUGACAGUUUUCAGCAAGAUUCUUUUUGGGAAAAUGCACAUUCAGUCUUAUGAUUGGGUGGAUGGUGACCCCAAUGUUGACAAAUCUUACAACUAUCUAGUCAGUCUUGAAAAAGAUCCCAAUGAUGGGAUUCUUUUUUUAACACUGGACUGGCGAGCUGACUGGGGGCUAGCUAAUGUGGGCAUGCAUGCAGGCAAUCCUUCUGGGGUUCGUUUGGCGAAGAUGAAGGUGAAUUCGGACUUCAGUGCGCCUUGCAAGAGUAGCAUCCUCUACCCUAAAGAUUGCAACAUGCAUUGCUUUCGGGCGUUGACUGCAUGCGCCGUUCUUGACGUGCUCGUCCCGCCUUACAACGACCUCGAAGGUCGCCAUUGCCAAUACUAUUCGGAGUUCCCAUUUUCCAACGGCCCAGGUGAAGAAGGUGUCGCCCAAUCCGCUCCAGAAGUGCCCGAAGAAGGCCCAGAAAAAGGCUAUGUAUGGCUCAAAGAACGGGCGAUGCCCGAAGAUUUGGCCUUUGUUGGGGCUUUGUACAAAGGACCAAAACUAGCCAAAUAAGCCACCCCCAAAAUCUUUGUCUCAUUGUACAUUUUGCUUGACGAGAGCACGUCAAAACAUUUGGUUUUUUUCUUUCCCUUGGGGGGGGGGGGGCUUUAGUUUUAUAGGUAAGAAAAUAUACAUAGGGAAAGAAUGCAAACUUUUCUUUUUUGCUUUUUAUUGGUCUCUCUUGUGGUUUGAAGAAACAGCUCUGUAUAUAUUUUACCAGUAAAAUUUAAAAGGAAAAAAUAACAGUCCGGAAGAACAACAUUAGUAGUAGUUUUGUUGUUGGUUAAAGUUGUGGAUAAUUUUUUAAUGUUGUGGUUUCACAUUGACUUCAAUAUAUUUGACUAUUUGAG